UGUCGAGUGUAGUGUGAAUGAAUGUGUAAAUGCAAUUUAUUAACGUGAGUGAAGGGGCUUACUCCAAAUCAACUCGAGGAAUAUCGGGUACUCUGGGGUAGUGUGAAUGAAUAGUGGUGUGUGAAUUUAAUUUAUUAGCAUGAAUGGAGGGGAUUAUCCCCAAUUAACCCGAGAUAUGUCGAGUACUCUGGGGUAGAGUCAAUUGUAAGCAGGCUGUUACGUUUUAUCUUGUUUUUAUCGUUGUGAAUGUAAUAUCUGUUAUUCGUACGUAUAAUACAAAGAGUCAGGCUAUAUACGUUGAUAUAACAAAUAAAAAUAAAAUACACACAAAAUAUUAAAAGAAAAAGUAAAUACAGUCCUUAAAAUGUACUCGGAUGCGAGAGGGUGAGGGCACAAUCUUCAAAAAUAUGCGUUAUUGUACACCGUCCAAAAAAAUAUCGUGGAGGAGGCGAUACCGUUUUGGCCUAAUAUCCCCGGUCUGAAUGAUUAACUUUUCUGGCUAGUACUGAGCAUGCGGUUCCUCUAGAGCAUGUGAAGAUUGGCCGAGUCCCAAUAACAGCAGAUAUGACGAUUCAGUUUACCGAUGACGGUAAACCGUGGUGGCUACACUCUUAAAAACGAAUCAGUUUGGAAAAAUUGCACUCCACCGGAUAUGAGAGCGGAAUCCCCUUCUUGACUCCACACAACUAUCAAGUGCGCGUCAAGAUCAUGACCAAAUCCUCGCGUAUGCAACGUCGUGCAUCUUUGAUUUUCUACAUCACCCCGCCGGACUCAGCAGGGAGAUAUUGUGGGUGACCGACUACGUCCCAGGCCAAGUCCGCCUGCAUCGCUUCUCCGACGAAAGAAUGGGACCAACCAAUGAAGGUGGCGUAAGGCUGAAACACGUCUGACGACGAAACCAGCGAGACUAGUAAUACCAUCAUGAUCGGAGACGAUCAAGCCACAGUUAUAAAAUGGAAAUGGGCUGAAAUUACGAUGGGAGUGGGUGAGGUUGGUAUGAACUCAACCGCCUGCUCCGCUUUGUUGGAGUCAGUAGAGUGGGAAGAUCCGACGGCCAUCUGCCUCCUGACCCUUCUGGGCGUCGUGGACCUGAUGGUCAUAGUCGGCAACUGCCUUGUCAUCGCUGCUGUUUUUAUAUCCUCCAAGCUCAGAUCCGUGACGAACCUGUUCAUCGUGAGCCUCGCAGUCGCGGAUCUGCUCGUAGGCCUCACCGUACUGCCGUUCAGCGCUGUCCGGGAAGUUUUCAAGGUGUGGAUAUUCGGCGACCUUUGGUGUUCCGCCUGGCUUGCGCUGGACGUUUGGAUGUGCACUGCAUCGAUUCUCAACUUGUGCGCGAUUUCACUCGACAGGUACGUGGCAGUGACGAGACCUGUCACAUAUCCGAGCAUAAUGUCGACAAGCAGAGCGAAGCUGCUGAUAGGCCUAGUAUGGGUCUUGUCGUUUAUCAUAUGCUUCCCGCCUCUAGUCGGGUGGAAAGACAAAGAAAUGCCUCCGGUCGUAGAAGGCCCGGGGAGGCCUUUGACACCCGGAGGUGCGACUGUCCUCGCUUCUCCGACUCUACAGUCGACGGCGGAACCGCCGUGCCCGUGGAGGUGCGAACUGACGGACGACAAAGGGUACGUCAUCUACUCCGCGACGGGUUCGUUCUUUCUCCCGAUGUUUGUUAUGCUGUUCUUCUACUGGAGGAUAUAUAGGGCGGCCGUACAGACGACCAGGGCCAUCAACCAAGGGUUCCGGACGACGAAAGGAGCCAAAGGCGGCCUAGGAAACAGGUUCGACGAGCAAAGGCUCACACUUAGAAUACACAGAGGACGUGGUUCCGUCAUGCAAGGUAGUGGCGGUAGUAAUUCGACCACGACCACCAACUCAGCGGCGAACUCCGUCAACAACUCACCUUGUGGAAAGUCUCCAGACAGAAGAAAAGAACGGAGACACGAGAGGAUUAAAAUAUCCGUCUCGUACCCAAGUUCCGAUGCCAUAGCAUCCGUAAAUAACAAUUCUCCUCCACCUUCUAGUCCGAAAUCCUCGAUAUCUAGCUCCUCGACAACUAGCACGGGGGCGCUUUACGCUGUUCACUACUCGGGUAACGAACCCAGUUCGGUUUUCCGAAAAGAAAACUGCCAUUUGAGAGUGGCGUCUAUAGGACAACAGAGACGAGGCAGAAGGUCCAAUUCCGAAAGCGGCGGUGCUUGCAGGCCGAGGCUUCUAGGAGAUCCCCUUAGCGUCACCAUACAAAAAGAUCUUUCGCCGUCGCCGACUUACGAAGAGAAUAAACCUAAACUGAUUUCCAGGAUGGGAAAGAGGAACAUCAAGGCCCAAGUGAAACGUUUCAGGAUGGAGACAAAAGCGGCCAAGACUCUCGGCAUCAUCGUCGGGGGUUUCAUAGUGUGCUGGCUCCCAUUCUUCACGAUGUACCUCCUCAGAGCUUUCUUGGGAGAUGUCGAGCCCAUGGUGUUCUCCGUACUCUUCUGGCUCGGCUACUGCAACUCGGCGAUCAACCCUUGUAUAUACGCCCUGUUCAGCAAGGAUUUCAGAUUCGCGUUCAAGAGGAUCAUCUGCCGGUGUCUGUGCUAUAAGGCGACGGAAAAACGCGGAUCGUCGCGCUACACCCGCAGAGGAUCGGACGCCUCCCAUCUCGGUGUGAGGAGGGGCGAACAGAGAUCCGCAUCUCUCAACAACAACGACCUCUCUGCAAACCAGCACCACAGCGAUUCGGACCCUAACAACGAACCGGGCUCGGAAUCCAGGUGACUGGUGUCAGGCCUCGCAGCCGCGCACACCUCCUUGAUGCACAUGUCUUCUGUAUUUGUCUAAAACGGUCGGACAAUUUUAUAUCGAAUUACAACCUCGCCAUUCCGUGCCCUCUAAUUUACGAGUUUCUGUUUUUUUACAUUUCAGCUAGUCAAUUAUCAUAGAUUUUGGUAUUAUCGUUAGCGUUUUAUUGUGUAUGUUAAGCAACGAAUUUAAUUUUUGAUUUUUAAAAAAAAGAGGCGCUGAGAAUGGCACGCUGAACAAGGUAAUGAGCCAAAUAAUUCAAUUAUACCUGUUCUGAGACUAAGUGCACUUCUCAAUUAACCGUUGGAUUUAAUAUCGUUUCAAUACGUAUUUAUUCUUAAUCAACAAUAAAUUUUAAACCGUCCGACAAUAAGAGCCAAAAUCCUCCUGAUGUACUGACACGCGCAUGAACAUAUUAUGAAAAUCGUAUUAAACAGAGUAUAAAAAAUUAAUUCUUUCAACAGAAAAACAGAAAUCACAUUAAAUGUCCUUUGUCAACACAUAUCCUUUCUUUAGUUAUGAAAGUCAAAAGUAUUUUAUUAUUUUCUCAUUCAAAUGAAAGUCCUGUUUUACUAGUUUCGAGACCUUUUCCAGACUUCUGGCGUCCGUCUCAUUUUCGCUCUUGGCGUUUAUUUAACAACACAAAUAUAAUUUAAAACCUGAAGGCUCUUUGCAAAGUGGAUUUAUUUUAAGAUACCUGAUUUUACGGAUUUAACAUCUGUUCACACUAAACGGAGAAAAACUGGACUCCGUGGGAUUAUUUUGAUCCUACACUGAUCACGGGCUAUAGCUGCACAUAAAACAAUCUAUACAAAUCAUAAAGAAUCAGAAAAAUAUGAAUUUUUGAGGAAUAAGCGUAUUAGUUAAAAUUCAAUUUAUGUUCAAAAAUAAAAAUAAAACAGA